ACUAGAGUUGAUAUGGAAUAAGAUGAUUGGUCUGAAUGUAUUGAGUUUUAUUCUAUUCUCAAUUUUGAUGUUGUUACAGAACAUUUGUCUUGCUGAAAACAAUGCCAAUCUUGACAACGAUCUCAAUCAGCUGGUUGAAAAAGGGCCUAACAGUGGAUUCUACAAAACCACAGCAGGGGAGAAGUCAGAUAAGAUUUAUUGUCUUGUGCAGUGUAGAGAGGAUGUUUCUGCAGCAAACUGUGCUAACUGCACAAACCAAACGGUAACUGUUGCCGUGCAGGAUUGCCCCAAGAGCAAAACGUUUAAGGUUUGUUUCACAUGGUGCUAUCUCCAGUAUUCUGACCAGCCAUUCUUUAAUGUGGGGGAUAAACCCUCAGCAGCAAUAUACAAUUGUACCAACGCUGAUGUACCAACACUGAUAACCCAUCUGUUGCAUCCCAAGGGUAGAGGUAUGGUAUGGUCCAGGGCACUAGGGAUAUUAGUCGAGCUAGCUGCAGCAAGUGUUGGAUGCUCAGAGUCAUGACUAUCAGUUCUAUUUCAACAUCUUUACCUCCUCUAAUGAUGCUAAAUUACAGAACUGCAUUAAUCAUUGUUUUGCCUUGAUCUUGAAGUUAUACUUGCAAUAUAUAAAUUAUGAAUGAAACUGAACUAUGGCU